CAUUCACUUAUAUUAUUCUCGUCAACCACAAGCUUGACGUCCGUCACUACGCACAAAUCUAUGCUCCUCACCCCUAGUCAGAGGGUCGCCGUCUAUCAAUUAUCCGAGUACCUAAGCUUUUCAAAGAAUUCGCAGGACAUCGCGUUCGACUGUUAUCGGCUAGCGGUGGAGAAAGACUGGGAAAUCAAGGAUUUCUUGAUGUCGAUGAACGUGAUUUUGGACCCGAUCCGGCUGUCUGAAAUUCAACUAUCAGAUGAUCAGAAGAAGGAGCUGCGGGGGAAGAGGAUUUUGGGCUUGAUGUCUCAUCAUCUUCACAUGAGACGGGUUCUACAAUAAAACAAGCACAUUGCUUUGAAAUACACAAAGCCAUUUUUCAUCGCCUAUCUCUCGUUGACGUAAUGGUCAUUUUGGGGCUCGUGACCGCUCCAAAGUCGGUCGAGGUUUCAGUGUAGGGCGGUGAAAGUCGAAAAUC